AUGGGUCAAUCUAUGAUGGGAGUAUUGAUAGUAAUGAUUAUUAAUCCUAAGAAUCGCUUGAAUGAAAUUGUUGGUAAGAUGGUAUUCUUAUUUGAUAUUGUGGUGGUUGUGCUAACAACGUUGGUUCUUGCAUGUACAAUAACAGCUGGGAUCUACAAUGACUUUGAUGCAUGGCCCGAAAUAAAAGACGUUGAUUUGAAUGAAAUCCCAACCAGUGUUUCUAUAUUAUUCACAUGCUCCACCGUAUUGAAUAUUGUUAUCUUUGUAUGUACAAGAUAUUUACGUCUGCGUAAAUUCUCGGAUAAUAUACACGUUGAAGAAUAUAAUCUUGCUGAGCUUUCACCAUACCAAAAGCAUGGAUGGGCAAAAUUGAUUGAUCUCAAUAAGAAACAUAAUUCUGGAACUUCUGGGAGUCAUGUACUUUCAUUGAUGGAGAAUUAUACUAAUACAAAGUUACCAGGCAUGAAAUGUAAAGUUUUACGUGUGUUUAGAGAUGGAAAUGUCAAUGAUCAAACCGCUCCUAAACAGCCAUUAGAGAAGAGCAAAGAAAGACCAGAGUUUAAUAAACGAACGUUGAGCACUGCUUUCAAUCAAUUAGACAGGGAAGAGACUUUGUUUAGCACGAAAACUUUGACCAACUCAGUUGACAAUCUCAAAGAAUUGGAAGAAAGGUACAAACCUUUGUCCAAGAAUCAACUUAAGAAAUUGGCCAAGAAGAGUAAGCAACAGAAACAAUUGGAUGACCUCAAGAGUUUGGAAAACAAUACCGAAAAGUUCUAUCAAGAAUUGAUAACCACUGAAGCAUUAGUCAUGAUAACUGUUAUUGAAGAGUUUGAUUUAGCAGAAAGAAUCCCAGGAAGUGCUGGUCGCCUAUUAUCCAAAUGGUUUGGGAAAGAUAGUAGAUUCCCUCUCUUGUGUAUCAAAUUUGGAUUAUUGGGAUUCCAUUGGCCAUUCAAGAGAUCAACAUUCUAUUGUAGUCAGACAAAGAAACCUGUAGCCAGAGCUACCGCUGUCUUGUCAGCCAUUUCAAACUGGAAUAGAUGGAAUGAAAAAUGCACCGUGUUAUUAGAUCCAAUGUAUACCGAUCGUGAUUUUGAAGCCGGAAUUGACUAUUCUGGAUGGAUUAAAAUAAAUUUACC